AUGAUUUUUCUAAUAUUCUUUUAUUUUUUACUCUUCACAUCUACCACCUCAUACAAAUACCUAGUAAUCUCGCCGAUUUAUAGCUUCAGUCAUGUCAAAUUCAUGAGCAAUCUUGCCGACACUUUGGCCGAUGCUGGUCAUAAUGUAACAGUUUUGCAACCUCAAUUACUAGAAGCUUUGCGAGCUAAAAAGGUAAUUCGGAAUGAAAAUGUGCGGAUAAUUGAUGUGGAGCACAACGAGGCUGGAAAGAGGUUUUAUGAGAAUCGUCCGAAAAGUACGGUGACCAAGUAUUGGACGGAAAAUCAGGCGGCGAGUUUUGGAGCGGCGAAACAGUUUGCAGAAACGAUGACGAGGGAUUUGGAACACAUGUGUGUUAGUGAGUUAUUUUUGGGAUACUCCAAAGGAUUUUAAGUUAUUCCUCUCAAAAAUCGCUAUCCAGAAAACCUGAAAAAUAUACGUUUCAAAAUCUAAAUAAGCAUUCUUCCAAUAUUUUGAAUUAUUAUGUUGAACUUUGAUGAAUCAACACAAAAAAUUUCAAGAAUCUCUAAAACAUGAAAAUAUACGUUUCGAAAUCUGAAUAAGCAUUCUUUCAACAUUUUGAAUUAUUAUGUCGAACUCUGUUGUUUCAACACAAAAAUAUUAAAACCCGAAAAUAUACGUUUCAAAAUCAGCAUUUCCCCCCAGCUCGUAUUCAUUGUUUUUAAUUUCCAGAUCUCUUCACCAACACCAAUCUUCACACUCUUCUAACCUCCCAAAACUAUGACGUCGCAAUCGCCGAACCCUUCGAUCCUUGCGGACUCUAUCUCGCAGAUUACCUGAAAAUCCCCUCAAUUAUAAUCGCAAUGGCAUCAGCGAGAAUCGAUCCAGUUCAAUGGUCCUUCGGUCAACCCAGCGCUCUAAAUUUCAUUCCCGGGCCUGGAAGUAGAUAUGGCAAGGCGUCUGGAAUUUGGGAUCGUGUGAAUAAUGUGUGGAUGUUUUUGACAAGAUCGCAAAUGUUUCAGAAGGUUUAUGAGAAUGUUUUGGAAAUUGUUAGAAGAGAAACUGGUUUGGGAAAAAUCCGAAACUUGGAUGAGAUUAUAAUCGAUAGCCCAUUCCUCUUCUUCAAUUCAAAUCCUUAUUUGGAUUUUCCAUUUCCCUCGAUCACAAAAUGCGUGCAAAUUGGUGGAUUUUCAAUGAACAUCUCGACUUGGAAGCCUGACCGUAGUCUAGAUUUUAUUCUGAAUAAGCGGGCCAAAAAUGUUUUUAUCAGUUUUGGAUCAGUUAUAAGAUCUGCAGACAUGCCGAUUUCCUAUAAGUAAGUCCCUACAUCCAUGAAAUAAUUUUUUGAAAAAAAAAAUUUAUUCUUAUUCAGAAAAGGCCUGGCUCGAGUUAUCUCCACUUUCCCGGAUGUCACAUUCCUUUGGAAGUAUGAAGAAGAACCGGAUGAAUUUCUGAAAAAUCUGGAAAAUGUACACUUUGACAAGUGGUUUCCACAAACAUCGUUGCUGGUGGAUUCGAGGGUGAAGCUGUUUAUUACACAUGGUGGAUUGGGGAGUGUUAAUGAGGUGGCGUAUACGGGGAAACCGGCGAUUGUGGUGGGUUUUUUGUUUUUUUGGGGGAAAUUUUAAGCUAUACCGUGGCAAUUUGAGAGUUUAAUGAAAAUUAAAAUUUUGUGAAAAUUCUAGAUUUUGAAGCUUCUGACAAUCAAAAUUCUGAGAAGUUUUGAAUUUCAAAAUUUUCAUAGAAUCUUGAAUUUCGGAGUAUUCAGAAGUCUUAAAAUUUCACAAUCACAAGAAACAAUCACAAGAAAAAAAAAUAAAUUUUCUGAAUUUUGGAAAGUUUUUGAAUCUCAGAAUUUUGAAAAAUAUUCAAUUUUCAGAAUUUUGAAAAGUGUUUGAAUUUCAGAAUUUAGAAAAGUUUUUAAUUCUAGAAGAAAAGUUUUUAAAGAAAAGUUUUCAUUUUUCAGAUUUUUGAAAAGUUUUUUGAAUUUCAGAAUUUUCAGAAGAUUCUGAAUCCCAAAAUGCUAUAAAACUUUUAAUUUAAGAAUUUUCAGAAGUUCUUAAAUUUCAGAAUUUUGAAAAGUUUUUAAUUUUCAGAAGCUUCAAAAAUUUUUGAAUUUUAGAAUUUUGAAAAGUUUUUGAAUUUCAGAAGCUUCAGAAAUCUUUGAAUUUGAAAAUUUUACAAAGUUCAGAAAUUUUAGAAUUUUGAAAACGUUUUUGAUUUUUAGAAGCUUCAGAAAUCUUUAAAUUUUAGAGUUUUCAAAAGUUUCAAAUUUUCAUAGUUUUGAGAAGAAUUGUAUUCCCAAAAUGUUAUAAAAUUUCGAAUUUGAGAGUUUCGGGAAGUUUUCAAAUUUCAGAAUUUUGAAAAAAUUUUUAAUUUCUGAACUUUGAAAAGUUUUUAAUUUUCAGAAUUCAGAAAAGUUUUCAAAUUUUUAGAAUUUUCAGAAGAAUUUUAUUUUCAAAACGUUAUAAAAUUUCAAAUUUGAGAAUUUCUGAAGUUUUUGAAUUCUAAAAAUAACUUUUCCUGAAAUUUUCCCCACGUCAUGAUCUUUUCAUUCCCGGAAAACCAAACACAAUACAAAAAAUAUUAUGUAACUCUCCCCCGCCGCCCGAUUAAUCUCAAAAUCACACAAAAAACAACAUGAGAUCAAAAAACCUUCUUCCAGGUUCCUCUAUUCUUCGAUCAACCAAUGAACGGCGAAAUGCUCUCGAGACACGGUGGAUCUGAAAUUUUCUCCAAGUUUGAUCUAGGCGACGCGGAAAAAUUGGAGAUUCUCAUCCGGAAAAUGCUCGAAGAUCCGAGCUAUGCGGAAAAUUCCGCGCGACUCGCCGAGCUUCUCAAAAACCAACCCAUCGAUCCAGUUCAAAAAUUAGUGAGCCACGCGGAAUUCGCUGCAAAAUUCAAAAAGUUACCCGAACUCGAGCCGUAUUCGAAGAACCUGAGCUUCCUCGAAUUCUAUUUUCUGGAUGUGAUUUCAAUGGCAAUCUUGGCACUUGUUUUGAGUUUCGUGGUUUUUCGCAAGCUAUUCCAUAUUUUUUCUAGCCGCGUGAAAAUUGAGGGAGAAAAAAAUAAAGAGGUUUAAUUUUGACAUUGUUUGCUCUGUGUUUUAACCAACAAACAAAUACAUAAUUUGUUGAUUUUUUGGCAAGUUCGAAAGAUUAGUCAACCCUUUUUACUUCUUUAUGAUCUUUGAUGGAAGAGUUUUUUGAAGUUUAUGGUAGUUUUUUUCUGGACACAAAAUGUAUUCAAAUAUUUUCUUCAGAGCGAAAAUCUCAAGCCCUUCCUGAAACUCUAGUUCAGAAAAUCUAGGGUAAAAAAAAGUUUCCUAGAUUUUAUUUGGGUGUUUGUUCUGGUUAAACAGACGAUGAAAAAGUUUGUGCUAGAAAAUGGCAUGUUUGAAAGAUUAUUGAACAUUAUUUUUGUAGCGAUUGUGGCCAAACAUUUUUUGAAGAGAGCAAAAAAUAAUGGCAGAACUUUGGGAGCCUAAAAAUGUUUAAAAAAUAGGAGAAAAUUAAAAUUUUGGAAAAAAAAAUUUAAAAGAAACCUCUGAAUGUUUUUUGAACUCUUGACGUUUUUUUUUCAAAUUUUUUUGUUCUUGUGAAAUUUGAAUUGUGUUUGGAAACUAAAAAAAUUCAGAUUUAGUUUCAGAAAAUUUCAGAAAACUAAAACUUUAUUUUAAAAAAUUUUCAGUUUUGUGAAAAAUUUCAGAUUUUUUUUUUCGAAAUUCCAACAAAAUAUAAAUAUUUUGAAACUGAAUUAAUCAAAAUUUCUAAAAUCUGAAAAAAAAAGUUCUGAAAUCUUUUUUUUUCUUCUGAAAUUUUAAUUGUGUUUGGAAACUUUGAAAAUUUGAUUUGACUUUCGUAAAAACUUUUGUAAAAAAAAUUCAGAUUUAGAUUUAAAAAAUUCCAGAAAACUAUAACUUUAAACAGUAAAAAUUUCAGAUUUAGUUUCAGAAAAUUUCAGAAAACUAGAACUUCUGUAAAAAAUGUGUUCUCAAAGGUUCUUCUACGACUUUCUCUAAGAACAUGAAAAAAAUCCACGUCAUUUUUUAUACUUCUAGCUUUCCAAUUUUCAAAACAACACCUUUCAAUUUACAAAAAAAAACUAGUAGAUACAAAAUUUAUACGAACUCCAUGUUUUUAGUGCAAAAAUAAAUGUUCAAACACAUUUCUCAAGACUCCCGCCGUAAUUCGAUUAUUCUUAUUCUCUCCUCGAAAAAAAUUGAUAAUGAUUCAUUUUUGAACUUUCGCCGAACUUUUUCUCAAUUUUUUCCUCCCACACAUGAAAAUUCGAAAUUUAUGCUAAACUUUCCACUUUUUUCCAUGCCAUUUCAUUUUUCCAAGUGAAAUUUUUUUUUGUCAAAUCUUGGGAUAAUCUUAUUUUUUACUCAUUAUCUAGAUAGAGUUCUCUAAACACAUUUUUGCUCUCAAAAAUGACCGCCCCAUUAUUUUUUUCGAAAUACAUAAAAUCACUUCUGUUUACUUUUCUACUGAACAGUUUUGUAUAUAAAUAAGAGAGUUAACUAUAUUUUUUACUGCUGAUUUUUUUUCAAUUUUCUGUUUCUGAAUUCGAUGAGAACAAGCUGGCUGGUUUUUUGCAUAGCGAUUUUAGUCACGAACAAUUUGGCGAGUGCUGAAACUGAGACUGAAUUCGAAUUCGAAUUCAACGAUGAAAUUUGCUCUGCAGACGAAUGUAAUUUCAAUAAAACAUGGACUUCGGAGCGUGAGUUGGUCCCUAGAAAACAAUUUUUCAGAGAGAUAAAAAAAAUUUCAGAAAAAUGCGCGUACAUAAAAUGUAACCCUGAUGCUUGUGAAGGUGGCGGGUAUCUUCAAUGGUCCGAGUAUGUGAAAUGUGAAUACAAAGUUGGAGUUAGGGUAAGUGGGAGGAUCUCCAGGAUCUCCAGGAUCCUUGAGGGGGGAUCCUAGGAACCAUCAAAGACUAUAUUCGGAUUUUGAGCUCCAGAAGUUUUUAAAGAUCUUCACAACUUCUAGUUGAAAUUACAAGAACUCCAAGAAGUUCAAACCUAGUUCAGGUCCCAGAUUUUCAACUCAACUUAUUCAGGUGAUUCUAAUCAUCCUGGCAAUCAUCUACCUUUUCUGUCUAUUUGUUAUCAUGACAGUUGUGGCUGAUGAUUUUUUCUCGCCAUCCAUCACUGGAAUUGUGAGCCAUUUGAGAAUGAGUGAAUCGAUAGCGGUAAAUUUUGUUCUAGAAAAUUCUCCCACUUCUCUAGUUUCAGGGUGUCACAUUUCUCGCCUUUGGCAAUGGCGCGCCUGAUGUUUUUGGCUCAAUCGCAUCGAUUCUAACAACACCCACACCAAAAGCAGAUCUCGCGCUGGGUGAUUUGUUCGGUGGUGGGAUAUUUGUGACGACAGUAGUGCUCUCGGCAAUCAUCCUCACCAAAUCCUUCAAAAUCGCGAUAAUCCCCACAAUCCGUGAUAUCCUAUUUUAUCUAGUCACCCUGGCUUUUAUCCUAUUUUGUUUUUUGAAGUACGAUCGGGUGCAUGUUUGGAUGCCAGCCAGUGAGUUUGAUUGCGGAAGUUUUUGUAUCAAAGUGCUAAAGUAAUUGAGCAGAUAGAAAAAAAAAAUGUAAUUUAGCGUUUCUUGGUAUCUACGCGUGUUAUGUGGCGUCGGUCAUUUUAUUAAGUGUGUAUCGAAAACGUCGGAAGCAAGCGAAGAAUUUGAGGGAAGAUCAAGAAAAGAUCAGAAAUUCAGGAAGUGUUGAAGUGGCCAAGCUGAAAGCUGCUGAUCUUCUGAACUUUAUGGUGGAUUUUUCACACAUAGUCAACAUUUUUCAAAAGCAUCGGGAGAGAAAAAGUGAGUAAAAAAUUUAACAAUGCUCCGCAGUUACACUAUACUUUUUAUAGAUACCUGCUUCAUCAAUGAGGCUUUUCAUGAAGAAGAUAACGAUGAGGGGCAAGAAGCUGAAUUCGGUUUUGCGCAUGGUCAUGUUUAUACAUCGCACGAUCAAUUGGCGCCAGAUGUGAUAUCUACCAAAAAAUCAAUGAAUCAUUUUCGAGACGUCUUCGAACAUCUGAAGUCUUGGCCGAGUCGAGAAGAGUUCAGAGAGAUGACGUGGUUUGGGAAGAUUGUAGCGGUUAUAAAGGUUAUCCCAGUGUUUUUCUUCAAGUUGACGAUUCCUUCCAAUGAAAUGUCUUGGUGUAAACCGAUGUUUCUGAUCUACUGCUUCACAUCUAUCCAAUUCGCAUUGUUCGCAAUUCAAAGUAAGUGCAGGAAAUCAGAGAGAAGAUCUCAACUUGUUUCCAGUAAUCAAUACUAGACCUGGCGGAGGUCCCGGUCUCUGGCUCUACGGUCUCGGUGUCUCGGCGCUCCUCGCCGCCCUCGCCAUCAUCUUCACUCCACUGAAUCGAGAGCAGAGAUGGUACAAAGAAGUAUACUCCUACUUGGGAUUCCUGAUGUCGAUUGCUUGGAUCUAUGUGACAUCCAAUGAGAUUAUUGGAGUUAUCACUAUGAUCGGAGUGGUCACCGGUUUGUCUCAGGAGCUGCUAGGUUUGACGAUUCUAGCGUGGAGUAAUUGUAUCGGCGAUGUUGUGGCGGAUAUUGCAGUUGUUAAGCAAGGAUUUCCCAAGAUGGCUAUGGCAGCGGCGAUUGGUGGACCCUUGUUCAGUGAGUUGAUUCUCAAGUUAGCCUAACUCACAAUUUCUUUUUCAGACCUUCUCAUCGGCUUCGGUCUCCCCUUCACCAUCGCCGCUGCGCAAGGCAAAGAAAUCGAGCUGCUCAUCAAUCCAGUCUAUCGAUUGCUCAUGUUAUUCCUCGGAAUCUCCCUAGUCACCACCCUCGUCGCAUUAUUCAUCCAAAGAUUUCGGGUAACUUGGCCGCAUGCCGUGGUGCUAAUCUUCAUAUUUGUCACGUUUAUUGUGUUUAUUGUGCUCGCCGAGUUUCAUGUGCUUGAGUGGAAGUAA